AUGCCAUACGACAGUGUACAUCCCAUACUCUUAAAUGGGAAUUGCACCACAGCAAAAUUAAUCACCGAACUGGCGCACGAACGAACCUUGCAUGGUGGCACGCAGCUCACGCACCAAUACAUAAGACAGAAGUAUUGGAUCCUGGGGGGCCGCUACGCAGUUAAAACAGCCAUAUCAAAAUGUGUGCCAUGCAUCCGACAGAGGAAAGAGACGCAGCAUCAGCUGAUGGCACACCUACCGGAGGAAAGAGUGACGCCAGGGCGACCGUUUGAGGCAUCAGCCGUCGAUUACGCGGGCCCAGUCAACAUCAAGCGAUAUAACGCAGCUCGGACAAAGAUAAUUGACAAAGGUUAUAUUUCGGUUUUCGUUUGCACACGCACCAGAGCGGUACACUUGGAGCUCGUGUCUAGUAUGACAACGGAGGCAUUCAUCGCGGCAUUCACGCGAUUCUCGUGCCGCCGGGGGAGGAUCAAGGUGCUGUUCGCCGACAAUUCCACAACUUUCCAGGGAGCGUCAAAUGGGCAGCAGCAAAUAAAACGGACAUUCCAGGGCGAUUCGAAUGAGGCGCGCCAAAUCCACAGCACCUGGAGGGAGUUGGGUUCGCAGAACGGUACCACGACACAGUGGAAAUUCAUACCACCAUCAGCUCCACACAUGGGCGGCCUACAUGAAGCUGCAGUGAAGAGCGCAAAAUCACACCUCAAACGCGUCAUAGGCGUUCAACAGCUCACAUUCGAGCAAUUAGCGACAUUGCUAACGCAAGUAGAAGCUUGCCUGAGUUCCAGGCCACUGAUCGCCUUGAGUGACGACGCGGCGGACGAGCUGGCGUUGACACCAGGCCAUUUUCUCGUGGGCGAGCCAUUAAUCGCCCCACUCAGUCGUGAUUACACGUCAGUAGCCGCCAACAGGCUGAGAAACUUCGAAUUGAUGAACAAAAUGACCCAGGAAUUUUGGGAACGAUGGUCGAACGAAUACGUGACCACGCUAAUGGAGCGCAACAAGUGGCGACAUAGCCAACGAAACGUUCAGGUGGACGACAUCGUCCUAAUCGUCACAGAUACGCUACCACCGACACAAUGGCCACUGGGGCGAGUGAUCAAAACCAUUCAGGGAGACGACGGCCACGUCAGAGUAGCAGAUGUAACCAACAGGGGACACGUUUAUCGCUGA